CUUAGCUUAGCUUCAUACUAAUAUAAGCAAUUAUUCAAGAGCUUUGCUAGCUGAGGUUCAUCAUAUCAAUAAAGAAGAUGAAUUCUUGUCUUAAUAGUUGGAAGCCAGGUGUGGCCAUGAUUGGUGUUAACUUUGCUUUGGCUGUUGUAAACAUUCUGUUCAAGAUUGUUCUUAACAGAGGAGUGAAACAGUUGGUUUUAGCCACAUAUAGGCAAUCAAUCUCUGCAGUUUUCUUGGCCCCCAUUGCUUGUUGCAUGGAAAGGAAAAGCUACAAAAAGUUGACAACUUUCACAUUAUGUGCUCUAUUUUUCAGUGGACUGAUGGGGGGGACACUAACUCUAUAUCUCUUCCUAAUUGGGCUUGAGUAUACAUCAACUUCAUUUGCUUGUGCUUUCAUCAAUAUUGUGCCCAUAAACACAUUCUUGUUGGCACUCCUAUUCAGGCAAGAGAGAAUAAACAUGAAGUGCAAGAGUGGGAAAGCUAAGGUGUUAGGCACACUAAUAUGUCUCAUUGGAGCCAUAGUACUAACACUCUACAAAGGGAAGCCAUUGAUAAAUGCCUCAUCACAAGGACUUGAAGCAAACCAUAACACAAAGAGUUGGGUUAUUGGUUCAUUAUUUCUCUUUGCAGGAAGCUCUACAUGGUCUUCUUGGUUCCUCAUACAAUCUUGGGUCGGGUCGGGCUAUCCAUAUCAGUAUUCUAGUACAUCUAUCAUGUCCUUCUUUGGUGCAAUUCAGUCAACUGUUUUGUGCUUUAUCAUUGAUGGAAACACAUCCAUUUGGAGAUUGAAAGGGAGUUUGGAAAUCUUGGCUGUCAUAUACGCUGGAAUUGUGGGGUCCAGCAUAUGUUAUGUUGUGAUGUCUUGGUGUGUGAAGCAAAAAGGGCCUGUUUUCACCUCAACAUUUAGUCCCUUCAUUCAGAUUUUUGCUAUUGUGCUUGAUGUCUCUAUACUCCAUGAACAAAUUCACCUUGGAAGCAUUUUAGGAUCCAUUUUGGUAAUUGUUGGGCUAUAUGCUCUUCUUUGGGGUAAAAGCAAAGAAGCUGAAGUUUGCAAGACAGCACCAACACCAGACAAGGAUGCACAAACAGUGUUACCUGUUACUAGUACUCCACCUCGCACCUAAGUGGUCACAAAAGGGAAGAAACCCAGAAUAAUAAAAAUAAAUAAAUAGUUUCUAUGUAGGUGUACUUUGUUCUUGAUAAAAUUGUUUUUACCCUAUUUCAUAUCCUUUGUAAAAUAGAUUUUAUAAUUUCAUUACGUAUAAGAUACUGUUAUGUAUGUCGCAUACCAUAGAAAUUCUUAAAUAUAAAUAGCAAAACAUUGCUACUAGCUCCGAGGAAUAUAAUGUUGAUCAUAAAUUAUUCAAUAUUUUCUUGA